CCCACGCCGGAAGUUCCGGUGGCGGAUCGCCGACCGGGCGGAGCUGAUCGCUGCGCGGGCUGCGAGAGCUAGGUGGCCGGGCGCGGAGCCCAAGCCGUGCCGCGCGGCGCCAUGAAGGGCAAGGAGGAAAAGGAGGGCGGCGCGCGGCUGGGCACUGGCGGUGGCAGCCCCGAUAAGAGCCCGAGUGCGCAGGAGCUCAAGGAGCAGGGGAACCGGCUCUUCGUGGGCCGCAAGUACCAGGAGGCGGCGGCCUGCUACGGCCGCGCCAUCACCCGGAACCCACUUGUGGCAGUGUACUACACCAACCGGGCCCUGUGCUAUCUGAAGAUGCAGCAGCCUGAACAGGCACUUGCUGACUGCCGGAGAGCCCUGGAGCUGGAUGGGCAGUCUGUGAAGGCGCACUUCUUCCUGGGGCAGUGCCAGCUAGAGAUGGAGAGUUAUGAUGAGGCCAUUGCCAAUCUGCAGCGAGCCUAUAGUUUGGCCAAGGAGCAGCGACUCAACUUUGGGGAUGAUAUCCCUAGUGCGCUUCGCAUUGCUAAGAAGAAGCGUUGGAACAGUAUCGAGGAACGGCGCAUUCACCAGGAGAGUGAGCUGCACUCUUAUCUCACCAGGCUCAUUGCUGCUGAGCGAGAGAGGGAACUGGAAGAGUGUCAGAGGAACCACGAGGGUGAUGAGGAUGAUGGCCACGUCCGGGCCCAGCAGGCCUGCAUUGAGGCCAAGCACGAUAAAUACAUGGCAGACAUGGAUGAGCUCUUCUCUCAGGUGGAUGAGAAAAGAAAGAAGCGAGAUAUCCCGGACUACUUGUGUGGCAAGAUCAGCUUUGAGCUGAUGCGGGAGCCCUGCAUCACACCCAGUGGUAUCACUUAUGACCGUAAGGACAUUGAGGAGCACCUGCAGCGUGUGGGCCACUUUGACCCUGUGACCCGGAGCCCUCUGACCCAGGAACAGCUCAUACCCAACUUGGCCAUGAAGGAAGUCAUUGAUGCAUUCAUCUCUGAGAACGGCUGGGUAGAGGACUACUAAGGCCCCAUGUCCUGCCUGGCACCCUGGCCCAGGAGGGUCUGGAGAGAGAAGCUCCAGUCCCUGUAUAUAGUUUGUGUCCCUGGGCCUGCCCCCAUCAGUCCUGCUGAUGGGUUCUGAACUGCUCCCCUACUCGGCAUACCCCUUGCUGGGCCAUGAGCCUCCCCUGUCCCCCUUCUGGGCUGGAAAGCGGGUAAGGGUGGGCUGAGGUUGCUGCUGCUGCCGCCACUGUCCUGUAAUAAAGUCUGUGAGCACUACA